AGUGAUAAUGAUCUUAGACAAUGGUUAGAUCCGCACCACUGUACCUCCUACCCCUGCUAUGCUAUUCUGUGCUAGCCAGAUUCAUCUCUGAUGAAGACACGAUCGUCCCUAUUGAAUGCAAGUGUACUGCAGAGUACUGUACAGAUGACAGCGGGACCUGCACUGCAGAGUCGGGCUCCUGUUUCUAUCUAGCUGAGGAGUCACGUGACCCGGACAGAAGAGGAGUGUACGAAGUCACCGCUCGAGGCUGCACUCACAUCAACGAGAGUUUCUUCUUCUGUGCUGAACAAGAGAACAACAUUGGACACCAGUGUUGCCAAUUCGCCCUCUGUAACGACAUAACCUGGUUUACCAAAGAGCCCACUGCCUCUGAGAGUUUCCCGCCCACCAAAGGACCGGAGAUGCCCCCACCGAGGGGCCCUGCGUUCGAGCCGAACCCUCAGAACUCUCUCACCUACCCUCUUUACAUAGUCGGCAUCUUCGUAUUCAUCAUAGCUAUGACGUUGGGAGGGAUGUUAGUGCUGCGGUUCUGCAGAGUCAAUAGAGAGAAGGUGUUAGUCAGCAACUCUCUAGUUACUCCUUUAACUCUACCUCACUACAUCACACCUGGGUCUACACAAAACUGGCAGAGUGUUCCUUCGCAAGACUUCACGACUUCAUGCUCCAGUGGAUCGGGUAACCCCCGACUUAUAGAGAAGACCCUGAUCCGAGAGAUUACAUUCUGUGAACGAAUAGGGAAGGGCAGAUACGGAGAAGUUUGGCGUGGACGUUGGAGAGCUGGUGGGCAAGUAGCAGUAAAAGUGUUUAGCAAUAGAGAAGAGGCGAGCUGGUGGCAUGAGGCGGAGAUGUACCAGAGUUACUGGCUCCGACACGAGAACAUCCUCUCCUUCAUAGGCGCAGACCAGCGGGACUGUGUUGCCAACAUGGAAUACUAUUUAGUCCUAAAUUUCCACCCUAGAGGUUCCCUUUACGAUUUCCUUCAGGAUGCUCAGUUAACAGUUCAGGAUAGUUUACAGAUGAUCCUGUCGCUGGCAGCAGGGCUUGACUACCUGCACACCGAGAUCAGAUCCAGCGUCGCUAAACCCAGCAUCGCUCACAGAGACAUCAAGUCAAAAAACAUUCUCAUUAAAUCAGUUGGUCAGGGAUCUCAGUGCUGUAUAGCGGACUUUGGGCUAGCCGCCCGGUCAGACUUCUUCGAUAAUUUACCGGACAAGAAGAAAUUCCACUUCCAAGUGGGGACACGGCGGUAUAUGGCACCUGAAAUCUUGGACUCUUCAAUAAACCUCAGCUCGUUUCAGAGCCUGAGGCAGGCAGAUAUUUACAUGUUCGGUCUGGUUGCCUGGGAGAUUGGACAGAGGGUCAGUCCAGGGACAGAACCGUACCAGUACCCCUUCCAACACGACGUACCUUGCGACCCUACCAUUGAGGAGAUGUCAGCGGUGGUAGUGGACACGGGCAAACGUCCCCCUAUUCCAGACUCGUGGUCUAAACACCAGACUCUGAUCGAACUGUCCCGGAUAACCAGUGAGUGCUGGGAUAAGGACCCUACCACCAGAUUAACCAGUCUGCGAAUCAGAAAGGAUCUCAUGCGACUCUUGGACAGUCUCCUGAGGGUCCGCGACUCAGGUUGCUACUUCACUGACGCCAGCGACCAGGGGUUUCAGUCUUGGGAUUAACCAGUUGUCUUUUUUUGUUCAGAAAUUAAUUGUUUUUAACUAUUUUUAUUUGUGUGAAAUAUUUUUAUAUGUGUGUUUUAAAACAACGCGUAAAGUGCUUUUUUGUCACGAAGCCUCAAGCUUCAAGAAUUUUUGUGUAUGAUACCUUGGUUUUGUCGAGUGUAGAGUGAUUAAUCAUCAUCCUAGUUUUGUUAAUGCUUAUCUUAUCCUCGUGAGAUUUGUUUGCAGUGUAUAACUUGUAACUUAAAGAUAAAUUCCAACUAUUUCCGAUUAAUUGUUAAUUAAUUGAAAUUUACAGGUAAUCUGAAUGUGUUUAUUCAGUGUUCCACUAAAUACGCCUUAACCACUUUAUCAUAACGUUUAACAGUGCUAAUAGCCUGGUAAUGAGAUAUACGACCAUUACUAAUACUCUUGAAAGAGUUCUUAGCUCAAUAGUAAAGAGUAACCUUAUCAUUUAACAUAAAGUUGUUUAUGUGAGUACACCACAUUAAAUUAUUCACUCAAAUAUGUUAAAUGUAUCUACCUUGAGUUGAAUGGCAGUAUGAUAUGACGGCCAAAAUUCGUUUCUAAAAUAUAGACUUUCCACUUUAAGGUGAAGUACAGUUCCUUAAUUUCAAAUAUGCUUCUUUGAGUUGGCACAUUGUUAAUAAGUUAAUACGAUAACGGUGCAAAUUGUACCAAAUUGAAUAACAUGUCAUUAGACAAGGGAUAUUGUUUCAAUUUAAUUUUAAUAAUCUUUCAAAAAAGUAAUCGUUUUAUUUAAUUUCAUCAAGUCUAUUACAGAUUAGUAGUUCUUCUAACUUUGUUUCACUAGCAUAAUCGUAUCGAUCAAAUAAUUCUGAAUUUCGCGUCUCAAAAGCUGUAUUUAGCAAGUAAAUAAAAAAACAUAAAACCGUUUUUAAAAUAAAAUAGCUGUGUGCUUUGUUCAGUUGAAAUAAAAUGAGGAAAGACCUACUGGUUUCACAAUUGUUCAUGUUUUUUAAAAACUAUUUAUGCUGACGAAUAUUCAUUUGGAAUAUGUCCUUCCUUUGAUGAAAGCGAUUUUUGAAAUUCCUAUUCUGUCGAUGUAGAGUAGAGGCUUCAGCAUCAAAUCUUUUUUUUCUGGUGUGCUACCGUUUUGAAAGAAUGCUGCUGAUUGCUCUGGUGUGCUACCGUUCUCCGCCUCUCUUCUUUUUUACGGCAACAAUAUCAUGCUCUUUGAUAAAUUCAUUUUUAUCACAAGUCGCUAGAUUAUUUUAUAUAAAUCUUUUCAAACAAUACAUAAUUAUACUAAAUCUUUUGAUGCAAAUGAUUGGGAUCCUUUUUCUUUAUCUUUUUCAAUUUCCAAUAUUCCUUGAAUUUGAAUCCUCGUUUUGAGAUGUUUCGCAUUCUUCAGGAAUACUUUUUAAUGUCCUGCGCAUAAUAAUAAAUUUACUUGCGAGAUCUUCUUUUCUUUGGAAUCUUUCAAAAUACUCAGUUGCUAUUUCUGUAUCACUCAAUGUGGCAACAUUCUUUUUACUGAUAUCUGACUUUGAAACAGACUCCAUAGUAUCAUCAUUUUCGUACAAACCAGUAUGUAAUUUCCUGUUCACAGUUCUGU